AUGCCAUACUACAGAGGAAGAACAUCGGAAACAUGGAAUCAUUUUGAGCCGGUAGAUGGUAACAAAGCCAAAUGUGGUUAUUGCAGUGUACAUUUGAGUAUUUCUGGUGGAAGUUUAAAUAAUCUUAAAAGACAUUUGACAGCAAAGCAUCCAACUGUAUCUAUAAAUAGAAAUGAAUCUAAUCAAAGAGAUACACUUCUUAACGAACCUGAUAAUUCACAACCAAGUACCUCAACUAAUUCACAACCAAGUACCUCAACUGCAUCUAUUAGUUCACCUAACGUAGCACAGACCAGUUCAGUUUUGACUCCAAUAAUUGCUAGUAUUUCUGAUAAUUUUCAACAGUCACUUAAUCGUCCACAUAAACAAGCACGAAUGACUGAUUUCGUUCAACAAUCUCGACCUCUAUCAGUUACAAAAAAAAAACAGUUUGAUGAGCAACUUGCUAAAAUGAUUGUGAAGAGAUAUUAUCCUUUUGCUCUUGUUGAGGACCCAGAGUUCAAGACAUUUUUGAAUAUGCUGAAUCCUUCUUAUGUAUUGCCAAGCAGGAAGACUGUCUCUAACAACAUAAUACCGAGACUUUAUGAAAAUUGCAAAAACAAUGUACAAUGUUUAAUAGACUCAACUGUAGCAGUGUGUCUUACAACAGAUUGUUGGACUUCAAACGAGAACAUAAGUUUUAUGGCCACAACUGCUCAUUUUUUUGAUGGUAAUACUGAGUUGAAAUCCUUCUGUCUUGACUGUACACAAUUUAGUGAACGACAUACAGGAGACAAUUUAAGCGAAAAACUUAUGAAAAUUGUGAGAAAUUGGAAUAUAACUCAUAAAGUGACAGCGAUCGUCAGUGAUAAUGCAGCUAAUGUCACUAAUGCCAUACAAAAGACAAGGUAUCGCCAGGUUUCAUGUUUUGCUCAUACAUUGAAUCUGGCGGUCCAAAAUGGUCUUAAGAAUAUUUCAUCGGUCAUCCAGAAAGUUAAGAGCAUAGUCGAAUACUUUAAGCGCAGUCAUCAUGCAUUAGCAAAAUUACAAGCCACUCAAGAACAGAUGAAUAUGCCAAAGCUAAAACUCAUACAAGACGUUGCAACAAGAUGGAACUCCACUUAUGACAUGUUGCAACGUUUUGUAAAAGUAAAAGAUGCAAUAAACUCAACAUUGGCUGUACUUCAAUCAAACGUUGAGAUGUUGACUCUUGAAGAGUGGAAUAUUGUUGAGAAGGCUGCAGAAGUACUUGAAAUUUUUUAUGAGGUGACAAAAGAAAUCAAUGGUGAUCGAUAUGUCACACUUUCAGUGGUCUUGAUAUUUACUGGUGUCAUUUUUGAAUCUAUGAACAAGUAUGAACAAGAUAUAACCUUACCGAUUAAUGUACACACUAUGGUAUUAACCUUAAAGCAACAGAUAACUUCUCGUCUGAAACCAUUAGAGGAUAAUGAUCUAGUUACACAGGCUGCAUUAUUAGAUCCACGGUAUAAGAAGUUGCAAAAAGUGUGUUCUGUUGAAAUUGAAGACACACAUACACAACAUGACAAUACUCAUACUCAACAAAGUGAUGAGUCUAGUACUAGUAGUUCACUGUUGUGGAAAUCGUUUGAUGAACAGUACAACAGGAGCAGAGCUUCACAUAAUCCUCAAGCAGCUGGAAUAGUAGAAUUGGAUAACAAUUAUGACGAACGGAUCAACAACGACGUGUACGGACGUACGGCUGGUCACUCGAACAGAGCGGGCGUGAAUGAUACAUAUAGACCACUGGACGACGCGUGCUCGGGCCAGGGUUGCCAG